AGUUUAGUUAUUCCCCUUUCUGUUGCUAAGCGGACUCGGAUGCUGAGACGCGAAACUCACCAAUGUUUCAUGAUUAAAAAGCCCAACAGCAUUUGAGCAUAACCAAACUGGGUCUUGGGGGUGGUAACCCCUUAAAAAGUCAAGCUGAUCAUGCGAGUUAACUAUAUAUAUAAAAAAAAAAAUAAUACUAAUAAAAGCAAGAAUGAUAGGGGCAGGCCCAUUUCAAAGUAUCUGUGGGCUAAAAUGUCAAUAAAAAACAGUUUUUAAAGUUUUUGGUGUUUUUUUUCAAUACCAUACUUACUAAAAUAUUUAUGUAAAAUGGGAAGAAUCAAUGUCCUUUCUCAACCCCAGAUGAAUUUCAGUUUGCUUACACAGGCAACGAAAUUAAUUAAGGGGAAAUACUUGUUAAAUGCGAGUUAAAAACUGAAAUUGCGAGUGAAAAAUCACAAGUGAUUGCAAUUUUUUGAGAGUGAAAAAAAAGAUCUUUUUUCCAGAUUUCCUCGGUUUAUUGGUUAUACUUUGAAGUUUACAAUUAUUUUGUCUUGUGCAUAGAAACGCUUUACAGAAUGAUUGUAAAAGUAUUGAACAAGAGGCCUUAGGGCCACAUCGCUCACCUGAGUUACCUUGGCCCAUAUCUGAAGACUUUCCAUAUAUGUUUGCAUGCAAAACCUUAGUCCGUAUUGUGGCCCCAACCUACCCCUGGAGGCCAUGAUUUGAACAAACUUGAAUCUGUACUAUGUCCAGAAGCUUUCAUGUAAAUCUCAGCUCUUCUGGCUCAUUGGUUCUUGAGAAGAAGAUAUUUAAAUAUUUUCUCUAUUUAUUCUCAAGUAAAACUUUGAUACCCUAUUGUGGCCCCAAUCUACCCCCAGGGGCCAUGAUUUGAACAAACUUGAAUCUGCACUAUGUCAGGAAGCUUUCAUGAAAAUUUCAGCUCCUCUGACCCAGUGGUUCUUGAGAAGAUUUUUAUAUGACCCCACCCUAUUUUUGCAUUUUUGUGAUUAUCUCCCCUUUGAAGGGGACAUGGCCCUUAAUUUGAACAAACUUGAAAGCCCUUUACCCAAGGAUGCUUUUGGCCAAGUUUGGUUAUAAUUGGCCCAGUGGUUCUUGAGAAGAAGACAACGGACAAAUUUUGAUCAGAAAAGCUCACUUGAGCCUUCAGUUCAGGUGAGCUAAAAAGUAAACAUGGAUCUAAUAAAUAACUAAGAUAUCUCAGUCAGUGUUGUUGAAGAUGGCCUACUUCAAGCAUAUUUCGAGUGUCUCUGAGACGUCUGAUCUAAAUAGCAAGCAUGUUGAUCUCGUCCAUGUUUACUCGACACAUGAAAGUGUUAGUGUUACAGCUUCAGGCGGUGACCUGCUGUAGUAAAACAUUUCCAAGUUCGCGUUUUUUUUCAACAAGAUUUUUUUUAGAUGAAAUUUUCAAAAGUUUUGAACAUAAGAGUUUGAAUUGACGCCAACAGUCUUCAAGAUUUCAAACCAUGUGUUGUAAAUAGGCGAUAGAUCUCUGGACAGCAAGUACCCCACACAAGUGUACCUAGCUGCAAUAAUGUAGCCCAAUCCAAUUUUUUUUUAUUCUGACGUUUUCGGGAUAGGGCUACAAUUCCAUAGGAUCUCCGUAAUGGUGCAAAAUAAUUUUAUGAAUAUCCGAUAAUAAACUCUGUGUAUUAGUCCCAAAUGUUGUUUAUACCAAAAGGAGUACCAACUUUGUGCUCGGGCAUGUCUAAUAAAGGUGUUUUUCAUUAAAUAUAAUGUACAGCAUGCAAAAUUCUUCGUCUGCUCCGCCAUGCUUGUUAUCGCGAGAUCUCGUAGGUGGAUCUAAUGAAAAGCCUAAACAUUGACAAUCAGCGCGAAAAUGUAGUUAUUCGAGCCACUUCGACAAAGGAAGGAAAAUCAUAUUGUUGCAGAAAGAAUUUACACUCUGCUGUUCGGUUUUUAACUUGAUAUUAAAUUCAAACCUUCUCAAUACCGACGAAAUAGCUUUCGCCUCCAUACUUGUCCAUUGAUGUAAAUACCACCUUAUAUGGCAUAUGCAAAUGACUUGACAACCAGAAGUUGAAACUUCAGUACAUCAAACAUGGCGCACAAAUAUGAAUCGAGAAACUGGGAUUUAUCGAAAUUGUUGAAAACGGUAGAAUAGAGCCUCACAAAUCUAAAGUUGUAGGUUGUAAAUUUAUAUAUUGACUAAGAAACAUUGAAUAUCAUUUUAUUUACGUAAAGAAAGUCAGGAAAUGUUUAGAAUGAGCGCAAAUGUUGCGGGAGUGAAUCACUCCCGCAUUUGCACCAUUACGGAGAUCCUAAGGAGUUGUAGCCCUCUCCCUAAAAAAAAAAAAAAAAAAAAAAAAUCAGAGAGGGCUACAUUAUUGCAGCUAAAGUGUACCCUAUGACCCUCACCAUGCACCAAUGUCAAACUACAUAUAUGUUGUCUGAUAAUUCAUCAAAUGGUAAAUGAAAGAGCUCUCAGUCUUAUUUUUAUUAUUGCAUUUUAAAGAAGAAUUUUAAAGAUGUUCGCUAUAUUUUGAUAUAGAGACCUGCUUGUUUUCUUAAAUUCCGUUAAAACAGCAAUUGACUGAAAAAUGCUAGAAGCUUGAUUUUGCUACUUGAAAAAUUCAAUAGCUAAAAUUUGCUAGUAGUGAAAUAAGUUAAUUUCAAUCCCUGCUUACAUCAACAUGAGUGAUGUGAAUAUUCAGGAGAAUUACGUAAAAUAGCAUACACGUGACAGUUUCCUAAAUAAUGAAUUCUACCUAUAUUGGAAUAUAAACGGUACGUCUUUUUGCAUUGUUUAUAAUUCCGAUUUUAAAAACUGUUUAAAAACAUAGUUUUCAAAAAUUUAUUUUACACAAGGAAUUCAAAUUUGGACUUAACACACUGACGAACCACAUGACUUUGGCAUGACCUGUUACCCGGAAAAAUGACGAUGAAAGUCAUUCAAAUGAGUAAGUAACACCUUAAUCUAUAAUGAAUUGUCAUAUAACUUAUCAACAUUUGAGGAAUUUUCUCAGGAACAAAUCUAUACUAAAAUGGUAGUUCUAGAUGUGACAGAAGCAGAGAACAUUGACAGUUUUUGCGGUCAGAAAGUUUUUGACUGAAAACAAACUGUUAAUGAUCUCUGCUUCUAUAGCACAUAGAACUAUCAUUUUAGUAUAGAUUGGUUUCUGAGAAAAUUCUGGAAAUGUGAUAAAAGUUGUGGCAAUUUGUUAUUGAUAGAGGUGUUACGUACUCGUAAGAAUUUUCCCCUCCAGGUAAUAGGUCAUGCCAAAGUGAAAUGAUUCGCCAUCAUGCUUAAAUUUGCGAUUUUUUUGCCAUUUUAACGAUCUUACCAAUUGCUUAAAUGCGAUCAUUUUAAUAUAUAUAAUAAACCGCCUUCAACUGUACUUAUUUUAGUGCCAUAAUUUGCGGACAGUUAUACACUAAAUAUGAUUAAUAUUGAAACAAAUCGAUUAACAAGUAAAAACAUAAGAGUAUAAAGAACACUCUGUAUACCUUUUCUACUGUUUAUUCACAAAUGAAAGUGUGCAUUAAAACUAAUAAAUGCUCAUUAUCAUGUAAUACAGGGCUCGAAAUUAACAUAUGCCCGUCAGUCUGUGACUGGUUAAAAGUCUGGCGGACUGACUGACAUUUGUUUCAGUUAGUCCGAUGGGACUGGUUAAUUUUCUAAAGCAUCAUUUUGGAAAAUACACUUAAUAUGCAAUUUUAUACACACAUUUGGCAUGCUUCGGUCUCUAGAUAUAACAGACGAACCUGAUUGGUAAAUAGAAAUUCCCUAUUUAAGUGUUACAAUAUUUUCUGAGGUAUAUUGAGUUCAAUUUCAUUCUAAUAACAUUAACAAAAUAUAUAUAUGUUUAAUUAUUUCUGGAAAACUCUGUUGGACUGGUAAAUUUUUCUGCAGACUGGUUGAAAUUAUACCCCAUCAGUCCAGCUGGACGGGAGACUUUAAAAGUAAGCUUCAAGCCCUGUAAUAUGGGGUUUUUGAGCCACUUGUCUUUUUCCUUUUUCCCCGUAAAGUGUAAUUGAUGAAAGGUGAAGAUAACAAAUGGUGAUCAAUAUCAUAACUCCUAUAUGCAAUAAAAAAUGGAUAGUUGGGCAAACACGGACCCCUGGACACACCAGAGGUGGGAUCAGGGUGCCUAGGAGGAGUAAGCAUCCCCUGUCGACCGGUCACACCCGCCAUGAGCCCUAUAUCCUGAUCAGGUAAACGGAGUUACCCAUAGUCAAAAUCAGUGUGUCAAGAACAGUUUAACAAUCGGUAUGAAACAUUUCAAACAGCAUUUGACCCAAUAAUAGGUUGUAUUGACGAACUAGAUCAUAAUAACUAUGCUUUCCAGGAAGCUGAGAAAGUUCUAGAUUGAUACUAGGUCUGCCGGGGUAAAAAUGUGUUGUAAAGUGCUUCGAGCAGCUGGAAAAAGCGCUAUAUAAAACCAAUCAUUAUUAUUAUAACAACCAUUGAAUUUGCAAAAUGCUGACUUGAUGUCGGAUGACAGAAACUUGCGGGAGUUUUUGCAUGUAAUCACCCCCUCCCUCCCCUUUGAAUUUAGGUUUUUAUGAUUUUGUCCGUCAUUGAUUUCACCCUCAAAUACAAAUAAAUUUCAAGUUGAAUCAUGGAAUCACUAUCGUAGGUAAAGAGGUACUAUACAAGCGCAAGCAUUGCUUGCAGAAAUACUACAAGCACCAGAAGUGGGCGGGAGGCGAUUUGAAUGUCCUCCCUUGCGGGUAUAGACAAAUGCAAUAUUUGACUAUAUAAAAUAAAUAUAUAAGACUGUCUUUCGGACAACUUCAAAGGUGAAUCAAUAUUUUAUUAUUUCAUUUUCUUUAUUUCCACAAUCCGUGACUUGUGACAUGACAAGGCUUGGUGGAUCCACGGGUACUGGAAGUUAAUGUAAAUAUAUGGCUGAAGGUCCUAAAGUCGUGCGUGCCCAGUAGUCGUGCGCCAUUUUGUUUGUUGUCAUAAUCGGGGCGCGUGCCCAAAUAUUACGUCACGAGCAGCUGAUUUUCGAAGAUAAUAGAAGAGAGCGUCCGUAUUUUUACUCAGAGUGAAAUAUGCGAAACAAACAGGUAAGAAGGAUAAAAAUACAAUUAUACACCCAAAAUACCCGCCAUUUUGUUAAUGCUUUUCCCCCUGUCUGUGAAAGUAUAUGUUAAUCAUACUGAACCGCAACCUGUGGACAUACCAACCACAUGGCUAAUUAGCAUAACCCAAGGUGAAGGCUACCACGUAGUUUGAAUUGUUUACGAGGCCAAAUAUUUUAAUUGUUGGUGUAUUGAAAAUUUGGUAGUCCUUAUUUUUAUUUGGAAGGUUGUAUAAGACGUAGGGAAUUAGUGUGUAGUAAUUGUUAUUAAAGAAUAGUACUUUAAUUCAUAAAUUUCAUCGAUUUAAUUUAAUAAUAUGAUCUAAUAAUGUACACUAAUCUACCAUAUAUAUUAAAAUGCUACAUCUAUGAAUAAAUCAAAUUUUAUUUUUUAAUUUGAAGUUAGUACUAGUAAUAGACUAAUACAUGUAAAGUGAUAAAGUUAUCUCUUUUACUGUUUUAGACUUCAAAGAAAAAAACAGAUGUUAGGUUGAGACAAUACAGUCCAACUCGACUUAUCAAUGCCUAUCUGGCUGUCAAGGAUAUGGGUAUUAGUGUCCGUAAGGCAGCGAAGAAAUAUAGUGUCCCCGUCCAAACUCUUCAUGACCGCGUGAAAGGGAAAGUUGAUAUGGAGAAGGUCACUAUGGGACCAGCACCUUUAUUAGGACAGGAAGAAGAAGCCAUGCUAGUGUCCCACUUGAAGGAAAUGGCAGCACUGGGGUAUGGAUACACACGACAAGAAGUGACUAACAUUGCAUCAGAUUAUGCAAUUCAACUUGGUAAAAAGACUAAACAACAGAAACCCCUCACACUUAAAUGGUUUAGAGGAUUGAUGAAGCGGUGGCCAGACUUGAAGGUUGUAAAGCCAAGAGCCUUAGAGUACCAACGAGCAAAAUCAGCAAAUCCAGGAAAUGUGAAAAAGUACUUUGACGAACUUUCAACUAUUCUUAAGAAAUACAGUUUAUUGGACAAACCCCAUAGAAUAUUCAACAUUGAUGAGAAAGGAAUUACCCUUAAUCAUGUGCCUCCUCAUGUAGUAUCGGGCACCGGACAAACUCCACAGGCAGUUACAACAGGAAAAUCCUCUACAGUCACUAUAUUGGGAUGUGGUAGUGCCUCGGGGGUUGCCAUUCCACCAUAUUUUGUAUUUCCUGGAAUGCGCAUGAGGACAGAGUUGAUGGAAGGCGCAACACCUGGAGCAACUGGUGAUGUAUCAGAGAGUGGUUGGUCUAACUCUGUUAUUUUCCUACAAUAUCUACAGAACCACUUCCUUCAACAUGUUCCUGGUGGACUGCAUGAACCAGUUUUGUUAUUGUUGGAUGGACACAAGUCCCAUGUUUCUGUUGCUGCGGUGGAAUGGGCCAAGGAACACAAUGUUAUACUGCAUGUAUUGCCAGCACACACAAGUCAUAUUCUUCAACCCAUGGAUGUUGGUUGUUAUGGCCCCCUCCAGAAAAUCUAUAACAAUUUGUGUCAUAAACAGAUGAGAGAAACAUCAACAGUUAUAUUGAAGCAGGAUAUUUGUUCGCUAGCAUGCCGUGCAUAUACAAAAGCUCUUUCAGCAGAAAACCUUCAGUCUGCCUUCCGCAAGUGUGGGAUAUACCCAUUUAAUGCUGAUGUAGUCCCAGCAGAAGCCAUGGCACCUUCAUAUGCAAUCUUGACGGUCACCCAUGAGGAAAAUCAAGAAAUGGCAGAGACAGAUGAGGAUGAUAAUGAUGUUAUAGUUGAGAACAAUAGCUUAAAUUUUUUUGCUGAACGCACGAGGGAGCUUGUCCAUGUAAAAUCUGAAGGAUCGAGGGCCAAAAAACCACGCAAUACUCUCAGCAAGAUAACAUCAGGCAGAGCAAUUACUGAGCUUGAGGUGUCCAAUAAAAUUAAAGAGCAUGUUUCAUCCAAUAAGAAAUCUACAGGAAAAAGCCACGCAAAUGCAAGGAACAAGAAAACUUCAUGUCGGACUAACAAUGACUCUCAGGAACCUGGACCUUCCUACAUGGGCCCAACGAGUAGUAAGAAGAUAAACACUUCUCAUCAUACUAAGGAUCAUUCUCAGGAACCUGGGUCUACAAACCGAUAUCUUUUAUCCGAAGAUUCCGAAGAUGUUUCCAUUUCUGAGGAAGAACUGUGCUGCAUUUGUAAAAAGUACACACCUGAAGCGGUCCGACAAAGUGCAUCCCUAAUUUUUGUGAAGUGGGUGCAAUGUGAUAUGUGCAGACAUUGGGUUCACUUAAACUACUGCACUGAUAUCAGAGUGAUUCGUAUUGGUGAUCAGUAUAAAUGUCCCCACUGUAAAUAGAGUAAACACGUGUACUUUUGAAAUAUGUUUAUUACCAAGUUUUGAAGUUUCAUUAUUCGAAAUAUAGUUGACUUUGAUGUUAUUUUGAUGCCUAUCAUAUUUAUUCUGUUGUGAAUUUUAUGGUAUUUUGAGUUUCAUAUUGAAAUUCAUCAAACUGUGAAAUGCAAUCAGUGUAAUGAAAUAUUUCAUUUCCAUUAGCUGUAUAUAAGUGUAAAUGCAUAAAACGAAUGUGAUAUUUAAGAAAUGAAUGAAAAAAGUUACCACACACUAAAAAUGUGUUUUUCUUGGCCUCAUUUAGCUGUUACAUCCGGGUGCACGACUACUGGUCCUAAACAAAUAUGGCUGACGUUGAACUUCACUUGCUUUAUGUCUCAAUAAUAAACAUGAUAAACCGCUUUGAAAUAUUUUGAAUAAAGAGAAAGUAAGAUUAUAACAUGGUAAGUUAAAAUAUCAUGUGAAAUAAGCUAAUAUUUCGUUUAACUGUUUCUUGAAACGGAUACUCUCUUAAGCGCACGACUACUGGGCACUCGAGGGUAUAGUAUGUGCUUUUUUAUACAUGCACAUACUAUAUAUUUACAUUAACUUCUAGUGCACGUGGGUGGAUCAGUCCUUGCUAUUGUUUAUUUAGAGAUAUUCAUUUCCAACACAGUCAAAGAAACAUGUCAAAAUAAUUAACUAUCAGUAUGAAAAUUGUGUCUCCAACACUUUCGAUUUAACGUUAGCGCGGAAGUUAUUUCAUACAAAGAAAAUUCAAAAACAUGGCGACGAUGCAUUUCAACACUUGCCCGCAGACUUUACUUUACAGACUUUCAGUCAUUGAUAUUACGAUGGCAAUAAAUAAUAUGAAACAACUUUUCAUAUCCCAUUUCUAUUUGUGAUCGAGAAAUAAAUAUUACCUCUGUUUUAAUCAUUUUUCGCAACGAGCUCCUCAGUCCUUGGCCGCGAACUCGUGUCGAUAUAUGUUGAUCUAGUGUAAAA